GUGAACGAUGACCACCGAAGGCCUAACUGUAAGAUGAAAACAGUUGAAGUUGAAGGGAUACCACAUCUUUGCCUGUUUGCCCUCCGAGACAUUGAACCAGGAGAAGAAAUAACUUAUAACUACGGAAAAGCUGAUUGGCCUUGGCGCAAGAUGGACAAAUCUUCUACCCCUGAAGUCAGCAAUCAAACUGGCAAUGAUGAACACCGCCAUCAGGACAAAUCCACCCCUGAAGUGAGCAACCAAACUGGCAAUGAUGAACACUGCGCUCAGGACAAGUCUUCUACCCCUGAAGUCAGCAACCAAACCGGCAAUGAUGAACACCGCCAUCAGGACAAAUCUUCUACCCCUGAAGUCAGCAACCAAACCGGCAAUGAUGAACAUCACGAUCAGGACAAAUCUUCUUCCCCUGAAGUCAGCAACCAAACUGGCAAUGAUGAACACCGCCAUCAGGACAAAUCUUCUACCCCUGAAGUGAGCAACCAAACUGGCAAUGAUGAACACCGCCAUCAGUCACGGUUAACCAAGCUGCGGCAGCAUCAUGAGAAAUGCCUGAAACGUCACAGAAUGGCAGCGGAGGAGCAUAAUGCUAAAGAAAAACAUUACACCAUGAUUUUAAUGAAACGUGCAAAACUAGCACAGGAACUGGCAAAACUGGAUGCUCUUCUAAAAUCCCAGCCUGAAAAUACUACUGACAUGAGUUCUCAGCAUGAUAUUCAGCCACUACCUUCAUCUGAUAGUUCCUUCUUGGAGGAAUUAAGGACCAGCGAAAGAUUGGAAAAAGAGCAGCAGGCAAGAGUUCCUUCUGUAUUUUCCACAUCACCAAUUCAACCUGAAAAUUGCUCUGUUGAAUACUUAAAAAAGAGGCCAUCAAGACAAAAACAGGUCUCUACAUAUACAGAAACAUCUUUUGAUGAAUCUGAUUACACAGACUAUAGUGAUGCUGAUUAUAUUCCAGACUCUGAAGGAAGUUCCUCUCAGAAAGACGAAGAUGUGCCUCUUAAUCCAAUUGCAAAGAAGCCUCUGCCUUCUCUGCGAUACCCCCAUUUAUCGCCAUCAAAACAAGAUAUUUCUUCAGAAAUUUCAGUGAAUAGAAAUGUUACCAUUAGUCCUAAGAAGAAGAUCUCUGAAACUCCAAGAAAGAGAAGGUUCUUAUCCCAAAGUGCAACAAAUAGCAAUGAAAGUACACCAAAGAAAAGCAGAGUUGAAGAGAUUUCGGACUCAAUCAGAGUGUUACCACCUUUAAAGUCUGGAAAUCGCCGUGUGUAUAAUAAGAGAAACUAUUGUCUGUAUUGUCUCCAACCCACAUCAAAACUUGCACGACACCUGGAGGCUGUACAUAAAAAUGUAGAAGAGGUUGCUCUUGCCUUUCAAUAUCCCAAAAAUUCAAGAGAGAGACGCAAUAGGUUGAACAUGCUUAGAAGACAUGGAAACUUUGCCCAUAAUGCCAGUGUGGUCAAGAGGGGAGCCGGUGAGCUCCAGGCCUGCUAUAGACCAAGGAAAUCCAGGGGUGCCAUUGAUUUCAUUCACUGUUAUCACUGCCAAGGACUCUAUGCUAAGAAAACACUGUGGAAGCACAUGAGAAGAUGCCCAGCAAAGAAAGAAAGUAAUGAAGACUCCAAGAAUGGGAAGCAGAGAGUUCGAUCCAAAUGUGCACUGAAAACUGCUGUUGCUCGUGACAUUGGAGAGGGUUUGAAAACUGUUAUUUCCUGUAUGAAAUAUGAUGAAAUUACUCAAUUAAUUCAAAAUGACCAACUUCUUCUGCAGUUUGGACAGCACCUGUAUGAUCUGAAUGGCUCAAGAAAGAACAGACAUGACUACAUAAGGCAAAGGCUUAGGGAACUUGGGCGACUGCUUCUUACGACUCGGAAGAAUACUGCCAUUCAAAAGGCAGAGGAACUGAUUUAUCCUGCGAACUUCAAUCAUUUGAUAUCUGCAGUGAAAGAGUUGGCUGGGUACAAUCCAGAGGGAAAUACCUUCCAGAAACCUUCCUUGGCUCUAAAAAUUGGCAACAAUCUGGGAAUUAUCUCUGAGCUUGUUGAGACUGACAACUUGUCCUCAGAAGACGGAGACCCAAGCCUUGUGCAAUUUGCCCGAGAAUUUAGGAUGAUCAAAAAUUUUAGAUGGAAGGGACUGAUCACCAGAGGUGCAACAACAACUAUGAAGGAGUCCAAGUGGAAUGCACCACAGAUUUUACCUUUGACAGAUGAUGUCAAAUGUUUGGAUAGUCAUAUGGAGACUGUUAAAGCUGGUGCUGAAAAAGUACUGAGAUUGACGCCCACUACAUAUACCACUAUGCAAUGCUUGCCAAAGUAA